AAGCGCUCACUUUUCAAUUUCCAGCGCAAAUGGCUACCAACAGCUCGACCAACAGCAGCCUCACGACCACGUACAGCUUUGCGGCGGCCAACAGCGGCGGCGUCACAGGUACGAUUGUGGUCGCCCGCCUUGCCCAAGGCGCAACGAUCACGGCCGACAUCGACGUCUCGGGCGCCAAUUGGACGGCGUUGAGUGCCGCCGACAAGAACUGCACUGGGCCAGUCGAGACGUUCACGUGGCACAUCCACACCAAGUGGACCAACAAGGCGUCGUCGGCUUUUCUGAGCGGGUGCAGCUUGGCCAACGCUGGCAACCACUACGACCCGGCGCCGGCGUGCGGCCCCAACUCGGAGUACAUUACCGCUGAUACGUGCAAGGCAAUUGUCGCUGAGCCAGGCUUCAAGUACGAGUGCACACCCACGACGUAUGCCGCCAAGCCCAAGGCGUGCGAAGAAGGCGACCUCUCCGGGAAGCUCGGCAAGAUGAGCGUAAAGAACGGCAAAAUUCAGCAGACGUGGACUGACAUGUACUACCCGAAUGCGUCGGCCGCGACGCCGCAGUGGAACAUGAUGCUGCACGCCGUGUGUGGCAGCGCGACGCCCCGCUUCAUCUGUGCGACAGCUGCCGGCGCCGGCAACGGGUCGGCGAUCGUAGCUCCGACGACCGCGCCCGGCGCUGGUAAGACGCCAACGGCCACUUCGUCGGCGUCGACCAAGGCCACGACCGUGCUGCUGGCAGCGCUCGCGCUCGCAACUGUCCUCUUUUAACUCGACUCUGCAAUAUUUCUCAUGUCUUAAACGUGUGUUGCGUUAAAUCGACGUUAAACGCCAUGCGCGUGCCACGUG